UCUCAUUUAAUUUUCGCACCAAGCCAAUGAAGGAGGUGCUAUUCCUAGGCCUCUUUAUGGAAGAGGAAACCGAAGCCCGCAGUCCGGAUACAUUGCGAGAAAUGGGUGAAACGGUAGCCCCGCCCUCAAGAAGUGCGGCGUUUGUGGGGGGAAAACAGAUGCAGUCACAAACAACUACAUUUUAGAACUACUGUGUAAGAGAGUUUCUUGAUAAGAAGCACUCACUAGACUUCAAGAUUUCAGAAGAGCGGUGACAGAGUAUAUUGUAACUUUGAGUCAAGCCUGUAGUGAGGUGGACUGGCAGACCGAUUAAACUAGAGAAGGUGACCUGUUGAGAAAAGUGACACGAAUACUGGGAAAAACCUGCUCUUGUGCACCAAGAGGGGGCACGAUGUCACAAGUUAAAACCUCUUAUUCCUAUGAUGCUCCCAUGGACUUCAUCAAUUUUACAUCUUUGGAUGAUGAGGAAGAUACCCAAAACGUAGAUUCUUGGUUUGAGGAGAAGGCCAAUUUGGAGAAUACAUUUCCUGGGAAGAAUGGGGCAAGAGGGCUUUUUCAGGGCAAAACUCCGCUGAGGAAGGCUAAUCCUCAGCAAGCUAUUGUCACACCUCUGAGACCAGUUGACAACACUUACUACAAAGAGGCAGAAAAAGAAAAUCUGGUGGAACAAUCCAUUCCAUCAAAUGCUUAUUCUUCCCUGGAAGUUGAGAGAACUACAUCAAAAAACAUUCCAGCUCAGCCUCGGAGAAGAUCUGUUAGACUCUCUGCUCAGAAGGAUUUGGAACAGAAAGAAAAACACCAUGUAAAAAUGAAAGCCAAGAGAUGUGCUACUCCUGUGAUCAUUGAGAUUCCACCAUCCAAAAAAAUGAAAGUUUCUAGCAAUAAAAAGAAGCCAGAGGGAGAGGAAGAAGGCAAUGCUCCUCAAGAUACUUCCGAAAAGAAUGAGUCUUCCCCAGAGAAAGUCAAGAGCAGACAUACUGUAUCUUGUAUACCACCUGUAAGACGGAAGAUUCUAAAAAGUACUGAGGAGCAAGAGUUGGAGAAGAGAAUGAAAAUGCAGCAGGAGGUGGUGGAGAUGCGGAAAAAGAAUGAAGAAUUCAAGAAACUUGCUCUUGCAGGAGCAGGGCAACCUGUGAAGAAGUCAGUGAGCCAGGUAACCAAAUCAGUUGACUUCCACUUCCGCACAGAUGAGCGAAUCAAACAACAUCCUAAGAACCAGGAGGAAUAUAAGGAAGUGAACUUUACAUCUGAACUGCGAAAGCAUCCUCCAUCUCCUGCUGGAGUGAUUAAGGGAUGCACCAUUAUUAAGCCUUUCAACCUGUCCCAAGGAAAGAAAAGAACAUUUGAUGAAACAGCUUCUACCUAUGUGCCCCUUGCACAGCAGGUUGAAGCCUUCCAUAAACGAACCCCUAACAGAUACCACUUGAGGAGCAAGAAGGAUGAAAUACCUCUGUUACCCUCCAAAUCUGCUGUGGCCAAGAUAUCCAGAGACCCACAGACUCCCGUGCUGCAAACCAAACAGCGUGCAAGGCCUGUGACCUGCAAAAGUGCAGCAGAACAGGAGGCCGAGGAGCUCGAGAAACUGCAACAAUACAAAUUCAAAGCACGGGAACUUGAUCCCAGAAUUCUUGAAGGUGGGCCCAUCUUGCCCAAGAAACCGCCUGUGAAGCCACCUACUCAGCCUCUUGGCUUUGAUUUGGAAAUUGAGAAGAGAAUCCAAGAGCGAGAGUCAAAGAAGAAAUCAGAGGAUGAACACUUUGAAUUUCAUUCCAGACCUUGCCCUACUAAGAUCUUGGAAGAUGUUGUGGGUGUUCCUGAAAAGAAAGUACUUCCAGUCACUGUCCCCAAGUCACCGGCCUUUGCAUUGAAGAACAGAGUCCGAUUGCCUACCAAAGAAGAUGAGGAAGAGGAAGAGCCGGUAGUGAUAAGAGCUUUACCUGUGCCACAUUAUGGGGUCCCUUUUAAGCCCCAAAUCUCAGAGGCAAGAACCGUGGAAAUAUGCGCUUUCUCUUUUGAUUCUCGGGACAAAGAACGUCAGUUACAGAAGGAGAAGAAAAUAAAAGAACUGCAGAAAGAAGAGGUGCCCAAGUUUAAGGCACUUCCUUUGCCUCAUUUUGAUACCAUUAACCUGCCAGAGAAGAAGGUGAAGACUGCAACCCAGAUUGAGCCUUUCUGCUUGGAGACUGAAAAAAGAGGUGCUCUGAAGGCACAGACUUGGAAGCACCAGCUGGAGGAAGAACUGAAACAGCAGAAAGAAGCAGCUUGUUUCAAGGCUCGUCCAAACACCAUCAUCUGCCAGGAGCCCUUUGUUCCCAAGAAAGAGAAAAAAUCCUUUGCUGAGGGCCUCUUUGGUUCUUUAGUUCAGGAACCUUUUCAGCUGGCCACUGAGAAGAGAGCCAAGGAGCGGCAGGAGCUGGAGAAGAGAAUGGCUGAGGUGGAAGCUCAGAAAGCGCAGCAGUUGGAGGAGGCCAGGCAGCAGGAGGAAGAGCAGCAGAAGGAGGAGCUAGCGAGGCUGCGGAAAGAGCUGGUGCAUAAGGCAAAUCCAAUACGAAAGUACCAGAGUGUGGAGAUCAAGUCAAGUGGCCAGUCUCUGACUGUGCCCGUAUCUCCCAAUUUCUCCACUCGUUUCCACUGCUAAACUCAGCUGGGAGCUGCAGAUGCCACCUGGGAACAAGAGCUGCUCUUUCUAUCAACCAGGGGCCUUCUUUCUCUGUCACUGGGGUGUGGAGAGAACCCAUUUCUCCAGACUUUUACGUACCCGCGCCCAACAGAGCAUACCUAACAAGUGUGGACUCCAAUUUUGCUGAGAAUUGUUUUCAUUAUUGAGGCUAAUGAUGAAACUCAACUCAUGUAUGUCUCCAUCAGACUCCAUGUAGUUAUUUCCUUUGGACCAUCAUUUAACCUUUAUUAUGAGUCUUAACUCUAACUAGAAUUUAAAGUCUCUGUAUCAGCACAGUGUAAUUUCUAUUGCCCCUUCCCUUCCUCCCUUUUUUUCUAUUUUAAUCAGAAAAUAAAGAUAGUUAAAUACUGA